AUGUCCGAGAUAGAGAUCAUCGCAAGUGAAUUAAAGUCUAGUCUUAAGCAAUUUCAGGACUUUCCCCAAAAGGGAAUUUUGUUCGAAGACUUUUUACCGAUCUUCGCUGAGCCAAAGUUGUUCAGGAAAUUGGUCCGUGCUUUCAAAUUGCAUCUCGGCAACACCAAAAUUGACUACAUCGUUGGUUUAGAAAGUAGGGGCUUCUUAUUUGGACCUGCUUUGGCUUUGGAAUUGGACGCUGGAUUUAUCCCAGUGCGGAAGCCUGGGAAAUUGCCAGGUCCAACAUUACGUGCUGAGUUCCAAAAGGAAUAUGGAACAGAUGCUUUCGAGAUACAGCAGGAUGUUCUUCAAGCAGGUGCUAGAGUUGUAGUUGUGGAUGACAUCCUCGCAACAGGUGGAAGUGCUAGCGCUGCUGGCGAAUUAGUCUCGAAGUCAGGUGCCGAUGUACUUGAAUAUCUCUUCGUCAUGGAGUUGGACUUCUUAAAAGGAAGAAACAAUCUCAAGAGUCCUGCUUUUACUUUGUUAUCGGGUCAAGAGUCCAAGCUGGACUAA